AUGAAAGAAACGUCAAAAAAUCAACCAUCAGAGGAUCUAAAAUCCGUAAAACGUCUUCACCGACAUGAUAAAAGCAUUAUGCAAUCCAUACUGAAAUUUCUGUAUCAGCCGAUCGAUCCGUCAUCUCUUGGUAUUACAAGGGUUUUAUUCGGCUUUUUGAUGAUCUUUGAUAUUACACAAGAACGUGGCAUGGUUUACAUCAACUUAAGAUGGGGUGAUCCGAAAGCCUGCGAAUUUCCUUUACUAAGCAAUUUACCAAUCUUAUCUGCUGACUGGAUGCAUAUUUUGUAUUUGUCGAUGAUUGCUGCUGCUAUCGGUAUAUGUAUCGGAUUUUACUAUCGUAUCGCUAGUAUCUGGCUUGCACUAGGCCAUUGGUACCUUAUCUUGAUAGAUAAAACUGCUUGGAAUAAUCAUACAUAUCUUUUCGGCCUUUUUACAAUCUUCUUUUCAGUUACGAAUGCUAAUCGAUGGUGGUCUGUUGAUGGAGUCUUAAAUCAAAAAAUUAAUAAUGUUCAUAUUCCACGUUGGAACUUAGCGCUGUUUCAGUUUCAGAUUUUCUUGGUAUAUUUCUUAGCUGGCGUGAAGAAACUUAAUUCUGACUGGAUUACGGGUAGUUCAGUUACGACGGUUGGCAGUCAUUGGGUUUUUGCCCCUUUGCGUUUAUUAUUAACUACCCAACAAAUAAGCCAAUAUGUUUUGCAUUAUGGUGGAUUAAUCUUCGAUUUAAUUGAAGGAUACUUACUCUUUUUCAACAUUACUCGACCCUUAGGAAUUGCAUUGGGCAUUUACUUUCAUAUUUGUAAUUCGCAGAUUUUCACCAUAGGAAUUUUCCCUUAUGCUAUGUUAGCCACUCUUCACAUCUUUUGUAAUCCUGAUUGGCCAAAAAAAGUUAUCAUGAGGCUGUCACCUCGAUGGAGAAAAUAUUUCUUGCUCGAUACACCACCAAAAUAUUCAGCAUCCAAUUGUUAUUAUAACGAUUACAAUCCAGAUGACACUGGAAGUAGAAUACAACAAUUUAAUUCACAAAAUCGGCUGACGAUGGCCAUACUAGCUGGAUAUGUAACUCUGCAACUUUUUCUACCCUUCUCUCAUUUUAUAACCCAGGGCUACAAUACAUGGAAUGAGCGUGGUCUUUACGGGUAUUCGUGGGAUAUGAUGGUAAAUAGCUGGUCUUACCCUAAAAUUAAAAUCUUAGUUGUGGAUUUAUCUAAUGGUAAACACUUUAUUGGUGGCGCAGAUUCAAGAUUUCUACGCUGGAGUACUUAUCCUAGCAUGAUUAAGCAAUACGGCAAUUGUCUUGCGAAACAAAUGAAAACUUCGUAUGAAAUUAAACAGCCAGCAGUGUAUUUGGAUAUUUGGAAGUCAAUGAAUGGUCGAUUUAGGCAAAGGCUUAUCAAUCCAAAAGUUGACAUCGUUUCUGCACCGUGGUCACCAUGGAAAAAGACUCCCUGGUUAAUGCCAUUGCUAGCUAAUUUAACCAACUGGAGAAAUAAAAUGCCCGAGCUUAAGAAAAGAUAUUCUAUAGACGAUAAAAGUCGAAUUAUACGAUUUUAUGCUGAUUUCCCUGGCUAUACACAAGAAGUACCUGUUCCAGCUGCUCUGCAAGCUAACCUAACUGUCCUUGAAGGUCAAGUCGAGGUUAAUGCUAGCCGUUACAUUUACAAAUUAAACCCGAAAAUGACAAUUAGGUUACCUUCUAAUGUCACACAUACGGUCACUGUUACCUCCGAAAGGCCUGCCGCUUAUUUCUAUCGGAUUGAAAAUGCAACGCUAGCAAGGAUUCUAGCAGAAGAGAAGGAGAAUAUAAAAAAUAGAGUAGAAGAUUAUAGCCCUAAGAGCUAUCUUACUUAUUUUAGCACCAGCGUUCGAUUCGUUACUGGAAAUAUAAUAGAGUUUUUGAAAAGUAAAGUUUUAAUUUAUUAUCACAUUGCCAUAAAUACUUUCGAUGCUAUUCAAAAUAUUAUAGAAUCCGAAAAUAUCACGGAUUCAACUCUAGAUUCAGUUUCGCCUUCUAAUAAUUAA